CACGUUCUCUGUAGCAGCUAGAAAUCAACGGAGGUGAACGUAUAACUUCCCUCACAUUGACAUCGGAAGAGCCGUUGAGAUUGUCUAAGCGAAAGGAAAUAGAAGAAUGUCCAUUGAGAAGAGAAUCAAGAAGAUGUUUGCACAGCCCAAGAAGGGUGAGACGUAUGAGCUACGUGCCGGGUUGGUAUCACAGUACGCCAAUGAGCGUAAGGAUACGAUCAAGCAGGUGAUCUCUGCGAUGACUGUCGGGAAGGACGUUUCCAGCCUGUUUCCGGAUGUGUUGAAGAACAUUGCCACGCACGAUAUCAAGCAGAAGAAGCUUGUUUACCUGUACCUGAUGAACUACGCAAAGACGAACCCUGAGCUGUGUAUUCUUGCGGUGAACACGUUUGUUCAGGAUACACAGGAUCCCAACCCCUUGGUGAGAGCGUUGGCGAUCAGAACAAUGGGGUGUAUACGUGUCGACAAGAUGGUUGACUACAUGGAGAUUCCAUUGACAAAGACGCUGAAUGAUGAGAACCCGUAUGUGAGAAAGACAGCAGCCAUCUGUGUGGCCAAGCUAUUCGAUCUGAACAGGCAGAUCUGUGUUGAGAAUGGAUUCCUGGAGAAAUUGCAAAACUUGGUUGAGGAUUCCAAUCCGAUGGUUGUUGCCAAUGCCAUCAGUGCCCUUGCCGAGAUCCACGAGACUGAACCUACGCUCAAUGUGCUCACUGUGGAUUCUGUCCUGUUAAAGAAGCUCUUAUUGGCAUUGAACGAAUGUACCGAAUGGGGAAGAAUCACCAUUUUGACCGCUCUCGCGGAUUUUGAAGCUUCGUCGUCCGAUGAGGCCAGCCACAUUGUUGAAAGAGUGGUCCCACAAUUGCAGCAUUCGAACCCAUCUGUGGUGCUGAGCUCUAUCAAAGUUAUCAUCAGCAACGUAGAGAAGCUACAGGGUGAGGAGCACGAGGUUGUGUUGAAGAAACUGGCUGCGCCAUUGGCUUCUUUGGUUUCAACUGCUCCAGAAGUCCAGUACGUGGCUUUGAGAAACAUCAGAAUCAUUGUCGAGAAAUACCCACAUCUAAUGACAAAUUACUUCAAGGUCUUCUUUGUUAGAUACAACGAUCCUUUAUAUCUAAAGUUGGAGAAAAUUGAAAUCAUUGUUAGAUUGGCAAGCUCUUCCAACUCCAACAUGAUCCUCAACGAGUUGAAGGAGUACGGUUAUGAAUUUGACGUUGAAUUUGUUAAAAGAGCUGUCAGAGCCAUUGGCCAAGUUGGGAUCAAGAUCUCAAAGAGUGCUUCAAAAGCUGUUGACAUAUUGAUUGGUCUCAUCAAUGAAAGAGAGCUGUACAAUGAAGUUGUCAUUUCACUCAGAGAUAUCCUUCGAGCAUAUCCUGAGCAUAGUGCGAUGAUAACGCCAACCAUUGUACAAUCUUUUGAUAAACUGGUUGAUCCUGAGGCGAUUGCUAGUUUCAUCUGGGUCAUGGGUGAGUUUGAAGUUGUCAACUAUGAAUCAAGAUUAUCUGAAUUUGUCGACCAGUUUAACGACCUCGAUAUUGGCGUACAGAAUGCGCUGGUGUAUUCCAUCGUGAAGAUCAAUGUUAAAACCGGUGCCUUGAAAGACCUUUUGGCCAAGUUGUUCAACAAUGUUGACAAAGUGGAAAACAUCGAGGUUAGAGAUCAAAUAUAUCUGUACUGGAGAAUUCUUUCUCUGGAUGACUCGUCUGAAUUGAAGAAACUAGUCCUCACGAGAUUGGUGAAGAUCGAAACAACAAUCCCACAAUUCCAACCUGAGCUGCUUGAGUUCUUAUUGAGAGAACUGUCAACCUUGAACUCCGUGUUGUUUACAACUACUGUGGGCAAAGGUUCCAAGCAGACCCAAAUCACAAAGAUCAAGGAUGUGAAGUUGAACGUCAUCAACGAUGAAAACCUGUUAGACUUUGACGAUGACGACAGCGAAACGUCUAAGCCAGGAGAAAGUGUAAACAUUCUCGACGAGUUGAACGAUCUCUUUUCAUCCUCAAGCAUAUCACCCCCUGUGAACAACAGUUCCAGCACAGCUCAAAUUGCUCAGAACUCCACGCCUGUCUCAAACAACAAGAACACGUCGACUGGCGGUGUGUCGCAGGAUUUGUUAGACUUGUUUUAAUUGGCUCAUAUGUAUAUAUCUACCAUCACUACAUGCCUAUCAACCCGAUUAUGGAAUCCCACCUCCGUAGGGUCUACACGCUUCAGGCUUACUUUUCCACUGAGGAACCUGGUUCCACCCAUAGUUCCUGUAUGUGCUGGAGGGCCCGGACUCCCUUGCAUCAUGAUGCCACUUUUGGUGCCACUUAAUGUCUCCCUUUUCUACUUGAUUAUACGAUACAGGAAGAUAACGCAUAGAUACGUUGCAACAUUGAACAAUACCACCGGAUCGUCGAU